AUGACAUUAGCACUCAUUGUUAACCAUCCUCAUCACAUCAUUGCAUUAGCUGUGCCACCCUCUGUUCUCUCCUCCCCUGCACUCGCUCAAAUCCAUCCUCCCACUGCUCCACCAGCCGCUAUCGCUCCUCAUCCUGAGGUGCCAAAGGGCACGCAACCCUUCUGUCCUCUCGCUCGUCGCAGCACGCAACCCUUCUUUGCUCUCGCUCGUCGUAGCACGCAACCCUUCUUUGCUCUUGCUCCUCGCAGCAUGCAACCCUUCUUUGCUCUCCCUCGUUGCAGCACGCAACCCUUUUUUGCUCUCCCUUGUCGCAGCACGCAACCCUUUUUUGCUCUCCUUCGUCGCAGCACGCAACCCUUCUUUGCUCUCCCUCGUCGCAGCACGCAACCCUUCUUUGAUCUCGCUCGUCGUAGCACGCAACCCUUCUUUGCUCUCCCUCGUCGCAGCACGCAACCCUUCUUUGCUCUCCCUCGUCGCAGCACGCAACCCUUCAUUGCUCUCCCUCGUCACAGCACGCAACCCUUCUUUGCUCUCCCUUAUCGCAGCACGCAACCUUUCUUUGCUCUCCCUCGUCGCAGCACGCAACCCUUCUUUGCUCUCCCUUGUCGCAACACGCAACCCUUCUUUGCUCUCCCUCGUCGUAGCACGCAAUCCUUCUUUCCUCUCCCUCGUCGCAGCACGCAAUCCUUCUUUGCUCUCCCUCGUCGCAGCACGCAAUCCUUCUUUGCUCUCCCUCGUCGCAGCACGCAACCCUCCUUUGCUCUCCCUUGUUGCAGCACGCAACCCUUCUUUGCUCUCCCUCGUUGCAGCACGCAACCCUUCUUUGCUUUCCCUUGUUGCAGCAUGCAACCCUUCUUUGCUCUCCCUCGUUGCAGCACGCAACCCUUCUUUGCUCUCGCUCGUUGCAGCACGCAACCCUUCUUUGCUCUACCUCGCUGCAGCAUGCAACCCUUCAUUGCUCUCGCUCGCUGUAGCACGCAACCCUUAUUUGCUCUUGCUCGUUGCAGCACGCAACCCUUCUUUGCUCUCGCUCAUUGCAGCACGCAACCCUUCUUUGCUCUCGCUCGUUGCAGCACGCAACCCUUCUUUGCUCUCGCUCGUUGCAGCACGCAACCCUUCUUUGCUCUUGCUUGUUGCAGCACGCAACCCUUCUUUGCUCUCGCUCAUUGCAGCACACAACCCAUCCACCUCGUGCCUCAGCUCCUGCCGCAAUGCAUGCGCCACUACCUCCAUUUUCUCCGCCCAUCUGCUCACUGCAUCGUUUUGAGGCACCUCAAAACUACACUGGCUUCAUUUUCUCUGUCCAUCUGCUCCCUGCAUCGUCCAAUUCCUGCCUCCACUCCUGCCCCACUUCUUGCUAUGUCUCUGCCGUACUCCCAACCAGUCCCUGCACUCCAUUUGACCUUGCCGCGUCCCAUGCCUCAUUCUCCUCUGCCACCAGCCUCAACCAUGCAGCCAACUCCUCCUUCAGCUGCUCCUGCUGCUGCCACAACUUGUGGAGCUCUUGCUGCACCCUUCUGUAACUCCAGAUACCGCAGACUGCGUUCCAGGCACAAAGAGGGAUGGCUUGAUGUGCUGCAUAUGUAA